CACAAACAGAGCAGUGCGAUUUCGUUUUAAGUGCAGCAUUUUAAAGUCAGUACAAAAUAGCAGUUCUUUCACAUUGUUUUUUUAUCAAUUAUUCAUAUGAAUGUUAUUCUUUUUAUUAAAUUGAAUUUAAUAUUGAUUAUCGAUUGAUUAUUGUCUUUUUUAUUAUUGUUUAUUCAAAUAAUAAUUUUAAAAUAACGUGAAAUUAAUUUUUUUGAAAAAUGGUAGGCCAUUUUACUAAAAGACAGUGGCUUACUCUUAUUGUUAUCAGUAUUGCAGAUUUUGCUAAUGCUAUCUGUGUAUCAUUACAAGCACCGUUUUAUCCUCAAGAGGCAGAGAAAAAAAAUGCAUCACCGUCAGAAUAUGGACUUGUUUUUGGCAUUUUUGAGCUCAUUGUUUUUCUCAUCAGCCCAAUUUAUGGACAAAACUUAAAUAAAAUUGGGCCCAAGUUACUUUUACACGGUGGAAUUUUAACUACAGGCACUUGUGCUAUAUUUUUUGGACUUUUAGAUAAAGUUGAAGGACAUUAUCCUUUUAUAAUUCUAUCUUUUGUUAUAAGAAUGGUUGAAGCAUUAGGUAAUGCUGCUUUUCUAACUGCCAGUUUCGCUAUAAUUGCAAAAGAAUUUCCUGAAAAUGUUGCUACCACAUUUGCAAGUCUCGAAACAUUUUUUGGAUUAGGACUCAUUGUUGGACCAACUGUCGGUGGCGCUUUAUAUCAGGUCGGGGGAUACACAAUGCCAUUUGCUGUUUUAGGAUCUGCUCUUAUUUUUGCAGCAAUCAUGACCGCUUUUAUACUUCCAGUUCAUAAUGAUUUAGAUCAGGAUUCCCCAAGAUUCGGCGGAUACACUCAAGUUUUAAAAAUACCUGGUGUAUUAGUAGCAACAUGUUCAAUAAUGGCCACCAGUAUGAGUAUUGGAUUUCUUCAAGCAACAUUAGAACCUCAUUUACGUCAAUUUGAGCUAAGUCCCGUUGUUUUGGGCUUAAUGUUUGUUCUUAACGGAGGUACUUAUGCUCUCACUGCACCUGCCUGGGGUUGGUUGUGUGACCGUCGACUGCAACCCAAACUAGUCACUAUCAUGGGUUGCAUUUUAGUAAUGAUUGGAUUUUCUUUAAUUGGACCAGCACCUUUUAUUCCAUGCAAAACAAUUAUCUGGGUAACGAUCUGCGGUUUAGUUAUCCAUGGAAUCGGUUUAUCAGCUCAGUUGGUCGCAGCUUUCUCUGAUGCUCUGUCAACAACAGUAGCACACGGGUUUCCAAAUAAUUUUGAGACUUAUGGAUUGAUCAGUGCACUUUGGACAAGUUCUUUUGCUCUAGGUGCUUUUAUUGGUCCCAGUUUAGGAGGCAUUCUUUUGGAUACUAUUAAUUUCCGUAAUGCCUCUAUGUUUAUAUUUUUUCUUCAUUUAUUAGUUGGUAUGACUGCAUUAAUAUUCGUCUGUUGUUGUUCACGAAAUCCAAAACCAUAUACAGAAAUAGUCUCUAAUAGAAAUUCACAAGUUUCUUUAACAGACAGCGGCAGAUCUCACAGUACAAGUUUGUCAACAAGACAAGUGAUUGAUAAUCAAAAUGUAUCGAAUGACAGGCCUAGCGGAAUGAACUCUUUAUUAGCAUGUAAUAGCUAUUCUAAUCGUGCUGGUGCUUGGUCAAGGGCAUCAUACAGCGGUCGCUAUAGUUACAACUACGGAUCACUUGAUGCCAAACAAUAUUUAUUUGAAAGAAGUACUUAACAGUAUAAAGCUUAAUAAAAUAUUUGAAAAUUUUAAAUUAGAGCUCAAGUUUUACUGAACUAUAAUAAUUGUACAUAUUUUCAAAUCUAACAGAUGACUUUUUACUUUUAAAGAUGUUUAUAAAUUUAACAUCAAAAUAAUACAAUAACAAUAUUUUUAA